GAGCGCUCGCGCUGCUUGUCCGUUUGAAUGAGCGGCGCGCGCGCGGCUGCUCAGCGAGCGCACCUUGCCACUUGCCUCUCGUGCGCCUCACAAUGCUGGAAACCAAGUUUGCGUCCCCGCGAUGAAUCCGGCCAACGAGACCGAGAGAAGCGCGGACAGAUACCUGUUCGCGGCUGGAACCUACAAACUUCUGGCGGUCGCCAUCGGAACCAUCGGAGUGUUCGGGUUCUGCAACAACGUGGCGGUGAUUUUGCUCUACUGCAGGUUCAAGAGGCUCCGCACGCCCACCAAUCUGCUGCUGGUCAACAUAAGUUUGAGUGAUUUUCUGGUGUCGGUCAUCGGGAUAAACUUCACGUUUGCGUCGUGCGUCAAAGGCAGGUGGAUCUGGAGCCAGGCGACAUGCGUCUGGGACGGAUUCAGCAACAGCCUGUUCGGCAUCGUCUCCAUCAUGACUCUGGCGGCUCUGGCUUAUGAGCGCUACAUCCGGGUGGUGCACGCCCAGGUGGUGGACUUUCCCUGGGCAUGGCGGGCCAUCGCCCACAUCUGGCUGUACUCGCUGGCCUGGACGGGGGCGCCUCUGCUGGGCUGGAACCGCUACACGUUAGAGAUCCACCAGCUGGGCUGCUCCCUGGACUGGGCGUCCAAAGACCCGAACGACGCCUCCUUCAUCCUCUUCUUCCUCUUUGCGUGUUUCUUCGUGCCCGUUGGCAUCAUGGUCUACUGCUAUGGCAACAUCCUUUACACAGUGAGAAUGCUGCGUUCCCUCCAAGACCUGCAGACGGUCCAGAUCAUAAAGAUCCUGCGCUAUGAGAAGAAGGUGGCGGCCAUGUUCCUACUGAUGAUUUCCUGUUUCCUGGUGUGCUGGACGCCGUACGCCGUGGUUUCCAUGAUGGAGGCGUUCGGCAGGAAGGCCAUGGUCUCCCCCACCGUGGCCAUCAUCCCGUCUUUCUUCGCCAAGUCCAGCACAGCGUACAACCCCCUCAUCUACGUGUUCAUGAGUAGAAAGUUCCGGCGUUACUUCCUGCAGCUGCUCUGCUCCCGGCUCUUCCAUAAGAUCUCCUGGCUGCAGCAGAACCUCAAAGAGCGGCCGCUGACGCCCGCCGAGCGCCCCGUCCGCCCCAUCGUCGUCUCCAGCGCCUGCGACUCCAGGGACCGCCCCAAGAAGAGGGUCACCUUCAACUCCUCCUCCAUCGUCUUCAUCAUCACCAGCGACAACUUCCAGCAGUUCGAUGUCACCUCCAAGGCUGGAGAUUCCUCGCAGGUGAACGUCGUCCAAGUGAGGCCGCUGUGAUCUUUGACCUCUGGAUAAUGCCUUAUGACCAAACAUGCAGUUCCAAGCCAAACUAAUCCCGCCUGACCUCCACGGCUGUUUCUGUGUCUGAACGCAGCUCCAGACUUUUUACAACUGACUGUAAAUACCCAGCAACACCUAAACGAGUCGUAAAGAGGGGGACAUCCUCAUUAGACAUGGGCUUAGUGAUAUUAAGUAGGUAAUUGCAUAGUUGAUUAACUAGUUUAAUGUGAUGCAGUGUGUGGCAGAGAAGCUGGGUUUCCGUUACAAAUGAGCUCAAAACUUUGUCAACAUUCAACGCUAAUGCCGGAAAAACACAAUUUUGCAAUUGUGGUGUUUAAGUUAAACGACAUUAAAAUCACACCUGAAUAAGUUUGUUCAUGAGAAAAGUCACUAAAAAACAUGCUGCAUAGGCUUGUCGCAAUAAGUA